CGUGUCGGCCUGAGACGCAGCUUGUGAGCUAGAAUCGAUCUGCGAUUGGAAAUCGAAAUAAAUGACCUGUGUAAUGCGGCAUUCCAGGCGAACUAAUUAUCCUGACUGGGAUAAAAAAGAAAGUCCGGAUCGCAGAAGAUGCGACAGUGCUAAUAAGAGAAAGAGGAGAUCAUUAACUGGUGCACAGGAGAACAAGCAGUGCAAACAUGAUCUUUCUAAACUUCCUGACAGUACCUGUUCAGAAACCAAAUCUGUAAAUGAACGAGACCAUCAUGAACGACGCUAUGUUGAAGAAUACAGAAACGAGUACAAUCAGGGAGGUGAUACUGGGCAUCACAGUAGCAAAUCAUCAGGUCAUAGUGGGACGAGUAGCUACAAAAGGAAAUACAAGACACAUCACACUACCUGUCAUCAUCAUAAUUCACAGAAGAGUCAUCGAAGGAAAAGAUCCAGGAGUGUAGAGGAUGAUGAGGAGGGUCACCUGAUCUGUCAGAGUGGAGACGUACUAAGUGCAAGAUAUGAGAUUGUUGCUACUUUGGGUGAAGGUGCUUUUGGAAAAGUAGUGGAAUGCAUUGAUCACAAAGCGGAAGACAGACAUGUAGCUGUGAAAAUAGUAAAAAAUGUUGAUAGGUACUCCGAAGCAGCUCGUGCAGAAAUACAAGUACUGGAACAUUUAAAUGCAUCGGAUCCCAGCAGUACAUAUCGCUGUGUCCAGAUGUUCGAAUGGUUUGAGUACCACGGACACGUCUGCAUUGUUUUUGAGCUACUGGGGCUCAGCACCUAUGACUUCAUUAAAGAGAACGGCUUUCUGCCGUUUAGGAUGGACCACAUUAGACAGAUGGCAUAUCAGAUCUGCAAAUCUGUGAACUUUUUGCAUUUGAACAAGUUGACACAUACAGAUCUGAAACCGGAAAAUAUUUUAUUUGUGACGUCUGACUAUGUAGAAGAAUAUAACCCCAAACUGAAAUGUGACGAACGCACACUGAAAAAUCCAGACAUCAAAGUCGUGGACUUUGGAAGCGCAACAUACGAUGACGAGUACCAUAGCACUUUGGUGUCUACCAGACAUUACAGAGCUCCUGAAGUUAUCCUAGCACUGGGAUGGUCACAACCGUGUGAUGUUUGGAGCAUAGGAUGUAUUCUCAUAGAAUACUACCUUGGAUUCACAGUAUUUCCGACCCAUGACAGCAAAGAACACCUGGCAAUGAUGGAGCGAAUACUGGGGCCUUUGCCAAAUCACAUGAUAAAGAAGACCAGGAAACGCAAAUAUUUCCGUCAUGACCGGCUGGACUGGGAUGAACACAGUUCUGCCGGUAGAUAUGUCUCAAGGCGCUGUAAGCCACUGAAGGAAUUCAUGACCUGCCACGAUUCUGACCACGAGAACCUCUUUGACCUCAUUCAAAAGAUGUUGGAGUAUGACCCAGCCAAGCGCAUUACUCUUGAAGCGGCACUGAAACAUCCUUUCUUCUUCCCAUUGAAACGGGAAAAAAGGGCGCUGUCUCCUAUAGCUGAGCAGGCUGACGUGGAUGUCAGUCCACCAAAGAAACAUAAACAAUGUUAAAUAUUUAUUGUGUACAGUUACUUUGUAAAUGUCCUAUUUUGUAUUAUGACUUUUGGAUACUGAAGUUUUAAUCCAGCUGCUGGCAUAAAACUUAUUUAAGGAAAAGAUACUAACGAACCUGGUUGCGUUUCCUCAGUAAGUAAAAGUCUCAGGACAGUUGCACCUUCAGCACGUGGAAAAGAGCACCCUCUACUCCAUAAAACAGGCCUCCCAACAGCACGGAAGUAGUAUUUUAGUUAUGUUUUAUUCAACUGUCAUUAGAAUAGCAAAAUACCUAGAACUGAUUUUUAUCCUUUAGCAUGACUGAUGCUUCCUUUCUGGGUAAGAGAACAGAGACAGCCCUUGACAUGAAGUGUAAGGAUGGCCUUUAUUUGUUUAAAAAAAAAGUUACAAAGUAAGGAAGAUCACUGUAGUAGCGAACAGAUUGCACUGGGAUCACAUUUUUCUUUUUUAAAUUUUAGUAGGUGUACUCUGGUUACCAGUAUUUCAGUUAAUGCUCAUUAUUAGCUUACAACAGCACAGACUUCAGUCUUUUACCAAAUCUUUCUUGGAUUAUGAGCUGUCCUGAGAAUUUCCAUUAAGAAUUCAAAGUUUGGGAAGCAGAUAAGCUGUUUGGUUUAACAUGUCAACUGCCAGCAUAAAAUAAUCUCUCAACUUCACGGGGAGGGGGCAGAGUUUUGUCCGCCUUGCCUUCCAGCAGUCGUGCGUUUACAGAGCAGCACAAGCCAGCUGCCCCCCUGACCCAGCCCUGCUAGCAACAUAGGCCAGGGCUCUAGAAAGCUGUUGGGCAGCUGUACGUGGAACACUCUUCCAUGAGAGAAGUGGCAAGACUUCCCCCAGAAUCUUGCCUAGCUGCGAGGCAGCCUCGCAGCCCCUCCAGCUGUGCCAUCCCUCGGGAACACAGGCCCGCAGCAGUGGCAGCCAGCAGGCUCAGAGAUGCCGCUCUUCAUACCCACCAUGGUUACUGUUCACCAGAACAGCUGCUCUCCAGCAGGACACUGAGCUCCCAGAAGUGGGGCAGCCACCUCACCCAGCCGUUGGAAUAGAGGAUUGCUUUAUGCUGGAAGUAUAGUAAGAGAUGACAAAGUCCCUGGGGAGAUGGACAGCCACCUAUGAAUGGGGUUAUUUGGAGCAAGUGGUAGAGAUUGAGGUGUCACACCGAGUUACCACACGAGCCAUGGCCUCUUCACUUUGGAGGCUUUUUACAGUUUAAUUUGCAAACAGAACUGCCAUAAAUCUCAUUCACCAUAUCAUGUCUGCUCAAAUAUAGAUAGAAAACCCAAGGGGUAGGUAAAAUGGAUUUUGUUGUGGAAGGCCUUAAAUUACAUUAUUACAGUAGAAAAUACAGGAGGUAGAAUAUAACUGAAAGGACAAAUGCAGGUUAGAGUCAAAUCUAUAAUAGCUCCUGUAAGCUACUUAAAACAUGGUUUUAAAAACUAAACCCAGUAUCUCAAUAACUAUAGAAAACAGUUAAAAUAAAUUGCCAUGAGAGCCCUUAUAUCAUGCUUGAUACAGGGAGGUAGGAUGUAAGAAUCAGAAGGACACAUGAGACAUGACACUUAUCUACAGCUCCUGUUUGCUUUACUGAGGACA